AUGGCCACUGCAAGGCUUGAUUACGUUGCUCCGUGGUGGACAUACUGGCUACACAAUUUCCCUCACUUCAAUUUCUCCUUCCAGUCGCUCGACAACACUUUCAAGCCGGAGGACGCGAGCUACCAGCAGUCUCUGAUCUUUCUAGCAUGUGUCGGUGCAGUGGGUCUGGGGCUGAGCCUCCUGGUUCUGGCUUUGUACCUGGUCUGCAUGUGUUGCUGCCGCAGGGACACAGAUGAGGACACCAAGAGGCCCGAGACCUGCUGUGUCACCUGGGCUGCUGUCAUCACGGGUCUCAUCAUAUGUUCUGCUGUAGGAGUUGGUUUCUAUGGAAACAGUGAGACCAACGAUGGGGUGUACCAGCUGACCUACUCGCUCUACAAUGCCAAUCACACAUUGGGUGGCAUCAACAAUCUGGUUGCAGGAUCUCUGGGCAAUGCUGAAACUGGACUCAAACAGCACCUGCAACGGCUGGAUGAAAUCUUUGCCACAAGGGCUGACUACCUCCAAACUCUGCGCUUCAUGCGGCUGAUGAUCAACAACGUCAUCCGCGAGCUGACGGCUCUGCCGGACAUCAGCAAGGCCAACGUCGACUUGGCAGCUAUUGCUGACCAAACGGCCUUCAUUGAGUACUACAGAUGGCUGACCUACCUGCUGCUGCUGAUCCUGGAUCUGGUCAUCUGCCUGGCCAUGUGCUUGGGGAUGGCCAAGCAGUCCCGAUGGCUGCUCAUCACGAUCAUGGCCUUUGUAGCGCUGUCUCUGAUCCUGAGCUGGGCCUCACUGGGAGCGGGCACCGCUACAGCCGUGGGCACCAGUGACUUCUGCGUGUCCCCAGACAAGUUUAUUGUGAACCAAACGAAGGAUUUCCUCAGCGCAGAUGUUGCACACUAUUAUUUGUUCUGCAGUCCGAAUCUACCCAACCCCUUCCAACAGUCUUUGACAGCCUGCCAGCGUUCCCUGACCACCAUGCAAAUCCAGAUCCAGGGCUUGCUGCAGUUCUCCGUGCCUUUCUUUCCCACUGCAGAGAGAGACCUUUUGGGUAUCCAGCGACUGUUGAACUCCACUGAGUUCAGUGUACACCAGCUAACAGCCUUGCUCGACUGCCGCGGGCUACAUAAGGACUACCUGGAUGCCCUAAUGGGUGUGUGCUAUGAUGGGGUGGAAGGGCUCCUCUACCUCUCUUUGUUUUCUUUGCUGGCUGCCUCAGCGCUCUCCGCAUUGCUGUGUGUGAUUUUCAGAGUGUGGACACUAAUGGCCAGCAGGGACAAAGAAUAUGACGACAUAGAUGAGGAUGACCCGUUCAACCCCCAAGCGCGGCGGAUGUCCUACAACCCCAGAAGGUCCAACAUCCACAGUUUCUGUAGCUAUAACAGCAGCCUCGGUAGCCAGGCCAGCCUUCAUCCACCUCCGCAAUCUGCAUCUAAUGUCGCACCGCCUCCUGAAUACAUGAAUCAGUCCAUGCUGUUUGGAGGGAGUCCUCGAUAUGAGAACGCGCCGCUGAUAGGGAGAGGAUCCCCGCCUCCCUCGUAUUCGCCCAGUAUGAGGACCACAUAUCUAUCUAUGACUGAUGCCCAGAUCAGACACUUUGGGACUGACUUCCAGGUGUAGCCUGCAGCCUACUGAAUCCUUUCCAGAGAAGCACUGUCU